AUGGCAUUUAGGAUAGCAUCAACGGACAAUGCUUGCAGGUGCCCUGAUUUUGUGGCUGAUGUGCUUUUGGGAAUUGCCCGUGAGCGUGGCAUACGUCGACCGCGGUAUGCCUUUGAGAAGGGCUCCAGCCAGGGGGAUGGCUUUAUUGGUGUGGUGACUCGAGUGGUAAUUGUGGAUGAGGAUAGUGGUGCUGAAAUUCGUCUCAUUUGCAAGCACCUCAAGCGAAAUCCCAACGAUACGGACACCUUUACAAAUAUGGAUAUGUUUGAGCGUGAGAUCUUCAUGUACCGUCACGUGUUGCCGGAAAUGGUACGUCUCCAGCGGGAGAAGGGAGUGCGGGAUGAUGAGGGUUUUUUCGCUUUCCCCACAUGCCACUAUGCUGGCUACUGCGCGGAAACCGAGGAGGCAGCCCUCAUAUUUGAUGAUCUCAAAUAUGAGGGUUUUGACAUGCUGGAGAAACGCAAAGUCCCCUCCGUUGCGCACGUUAAGAUGCUCUUCACACAGCUGGGACGUCUUCAUGCUGUCUCCCUGGCACUCCGUAGGGAGAAACCCCAAAUCCUGGCACAAUUUCAGCACCUCGAUGACUUUCUUACUAAAUUCAUGAGGAAGAGUGACAUGGAAUCGCUACAGGGGAAAAAUUGCCGACUCCUCCAAACAGUCCUGAUGCCAGAGGAGGAGGAUGCCCGGAAGUUCUUUCAACGAUGGGAAACAGCAAUGUGGGCAGACGUUGCGGAAAGAAUUGAGGGGAAAAAUGCCGAACCGUAUGCCGUUAUCAAUCACGGGGAUUGCUGGAUCAAUAAUCUCAUGUUCUGCCAUGCUAAUGGGGCGAAUAAUCCCAGUAAAAUCACCCUAAUUGACUGGCAAAUGUCUCGCUAUGCAUCCCCAGUACUGGAUGUUGUCUAUUUCAUUUUCACAUGCACCGAUAAAUCCUUCCGGGAUCAACAUUUCAGCGCCUGCCUUGACACCUAUUACAACGCCCUUGCUGAGCUCCUUGAGAAACUGGGAGGGGAUGCAUCUGAGCAAUUCCCCAGGGCUGUCUUUGAGGAGCAUCUAAGGAAAUUUGGGAAGAUUGGAAUGGCCAUGUGUACCUUCACUACACCACUGGACACGUGCUACGUGGAGCAAUACAAUGCAGAACCUGAGCACACCUAUCGUGCGAACAACAGAGAGGCCUAUGAGGCCAGAAUGCGCGGGAAUGUGACGGAUUUCAUAGACUUUGGCUGUAUGAAUUGAUAAACAAGCUUACCUCACUUCAACACAUUUAUUCAUCCUCAAUCAUCGGUGUCUAUCGCGAUGGCUACUUUUGGAAGAUUUCCGGGAAUCACGAUGGUCAUCAUCUCUGUCUCUGCGACUACUCGUGUGCCUCCUCCUGUGGCGCUCAUCUGCUGAUUCUGAACUUGAAGAAUCUCUUCGGUGUUUCUUUUUACUUUUCAAUUUCGGGGACUUUUGUCGCUCUCUGCUGCGACUCCUCUCCCUCCUGGAAUCUUUUUCUUGCCUCGAAGAACUACUACGGUGGUGUGAAGAUUUGUUUCUCUCCGAAUCUUCCUGCUUCUUUUUGUACUCUUCGUAUUUUUCAACAUCUGUGAAUUUAAUAAAAGAAUAAAUUGAAUUUUAAAAUAAAUUUUUAUGCAAAAGAAACAAA